AUGGUUCGGAGUAAAAUAGGAAAAUGUUUUUUGUACCCAUUCCACCACAAUGCAAGCAGCAAUUAUGAUGCUGAUAUUGAAAAUAAAAAUGAAUAUUAUUUAAAUGAAAAUUAUGAUGUUCCUUGUAAUUCUAUUAAGUUGAGGGAAAUUUUGCCAUCAAUAAGUGAAAUUGUCAGAAGUGUACCACAAUAUAAAGCCGUUCAAGAUUGCAAAGAAAUCCCCAGUGUUGCCUCAAUUUAUAAACCCACUGCGAACAAAGUUUUAGGAAACAAUAAUGACUAUGUUUAUACUAACAUAAAACAAAUUGCUGAAAAUGGCCACGUCACACUUGUUUGCCCUGAUGUAUUUACUGAUUCUGAUGUGCAGUGGUUUAAAGAUAAUAAAUUGUUGGGAUCGUCAUUUAGAAAUAACAUGGCAGAAACAGAAGAUGAACCUCAUCUUACCAUUGAUUCCUACAAUUCCUUAUAUAUUUUGCAUGCCACCAAAAACGAAGAAGGUAUUUAUACCUGUUUUAUUGAUAAUAAAAAAGUGCAAAAUUAUACACUAAGAGUAGUUUCUAAAUCGAAAUUGCUCAAUGAUGAUUUCGUUCGGUACUCUAUUUAUUUAUGUUUUGUAUUAUCUAUAUCUUUAGUCUGUUACUGUACUGGAAUUUGCGUCGCGUGGAAUAGAAGAUCCUCUUUCGCUGAUCCUUUGAAUUUGCUGGAUAAAAAGUAA